AUGAGCCUUCUUACAGGAAGGAAUGAUUGCUACCCUCUCUCAGAUGACAGUAUUCAGACUGAAGUAAUAUCCAUCAGGUAUGUGACAGCCGGAAGGAUCAUCUUAGCAGAGACUUUCCUGGGAGCAUUGGGAAAUCUCCCUCUUCUCUGUCAUUACCUGCUUAACUGCACUGAGGUCCAAGUGAGACCCAUAGACUUGAUCUUCAUGCACCUGACUCUGUCCAAUUCUUUGGUCAUUGUUUCCAAAGGAAUCCCCCAGACUAUGGCAGCUUUUGGGCUGAAACAUGUCUUCAGUGAUUUAGGAUGCCACUUUAUUUUAUAUCUUCAGAGUUUGGGAAGGGGUGUGUCCAUUGGUACCACUUGCCUCUUGUUUGUCUUCCAGGCCAUUACAAUCAGCCCCAUAGACUCUUGCUGCAGAGUUCUGAAAGUCAAAGCUCCUCAUUAUGUCAACAUUUCAAUUUCUCUCUAUUGGAUCUUCUACAUGGUUAUUUAUCUGUUUUUUUCUCUGCAUAUAUUGUAUAUGUCUACCAAAUGGAGCAUGGAAAAAAUCACAUAUAAAAUAGAAAGCAGAAACUGUUAUAUGGACUACAAUGAGAAUAUUUUUGUUCCAGUCUGUACUGCAUUGAUUGCAUUCCCUUCUUCAGUGCUCAUAGUCUGGGCCAGCGGCUCUAUGAUUCUCUUCCUGCACAGACACAAGCAAAGUGUCCAACACAUUCACAGCAAUCAUGUAUCCUCCAGAUCCUCAGCGGAGACUAGAGUCACCCAAAGAAUCCUUGUUCUGGUGAGUGCCUUUGUGUGUUUUUACACACCCUCCUCUCUCUUGAGUAUGUGCUUGGCUCUAAGUAAAAAUCAAAAUCAAGUGUUGUGUAAUAUUGCAGAUUUCAUUUCUCUGUGCUUUCCUACUGUGAGCCCCUUUCUGAUAAUACGACCAGACCGAACUGUUUCAAAACUAUCUUUACUUUGA